AGGGAAGUGUUGUGUUUCAACGAGGCAGAAGUUUAAAAUCCAAAGGUUCAACUCAUGGAUUGGAAGCUGAUCGUCUUUGUGCUCACAGGAGCACUGCUCAGUGUUGCCUUCGCACAGACUCGUCAGUACUACUUUGUGAACAUGCAGCUGAACUGGACUAGUGCUCAGAGUGUCUGCAGACACGACUUCACUGAUGUGGCAACCAUAGAAAACACAGAUGACAUCAAUGCUGUUGUUAGCACCACAUCAACCUUUACAGGCAAGGCUUGGAUGGGUCUCCAUGAUGACUUGGUAAACAGCUGGAGAUGGUCCCUAAAUGACAGCAGCUUCUACGGUGAAGGAGAGACGACAUUCAGAAACUGGGAUUCUGGUGGGCCCGACAAUUUUGGUGGAACACAGUACUGUGUGAGUCUUGGAGCUAAUGGCAAAUGGGAUGACAUGAACUGCAGUGAGCAGCAUAAUUUUGUGUGCUACAAUGGCACAGUGAACGGCACACCAUCUUUAGUUUUCAAUCAAACUUUGCUCUUAAAUUGGACUGAAGCUCAGCAAUUCUGCAAGCAGAAUUAUGUUGAUCUGGUCAGCAUAAGAAACCAAACUGAAAAUAACAUCAUCAAAGACAUAGCAGGUGGAUCUACUGUGUGGAUCGGUCUGUACCGGUAUAAAGAGUGGUCUGAUGGCAGCAACUCUCUGUUUCAAUACUGGGCUAACGGUCAGCCAGACAGUGGCUCACAGCAGUGUGUGGCAGCAGGAUUCGGUGACUCGGGAAAAUGGUCAGAUGAAGACUGUAGCCAGAGUUUACCGUUCAUCUGUUACACACCAACUGCAAACUUCAGAUUAUCAGGAAAAUCUCAGACCAGUAUCACUCUGCAGUGGAAUAAAGUGAACAACAACAUCAGCUUUGUUCUCAGUGUUAAUGGCACAGAAAUAAAUAUAAAUCCACCAGUUGGACCAGUAACUUACACAGUCUCAUCUCUCACCCCUGGAGCUACAUACACAUUCACUCUCUUCUCUGUGUUUGAGAACAUCAGGAGCAGUGGACUACAACUUACUGAGGAACUACCCCCCAGCUGCGUACAGCUAGGUUGUCCUUCUGGCCUGGAUUGCAUCACUUGUAAUGGAACAGACCAAUGUGUCGACCCCUGUCAGAACUACACCUCACUGAAUGAUGACUGGCGCUCAGUAAAUAACACAUACAUUUCAUAUUACUACUGGGACUAUUAUUAUAUUAACUGGCAAGGCUGGUAUCGGCUGUUUCUCAAUCAAAACAGUGCUCAAAUCCCAGAGAGAUGUAUAGAAGCAAACCGAUGUGGAGCUUAUUAUCCGAUGUGGAUAAGAGGACCUCAUCCCACACAGUCAGAUGGUAUAGUAAGUCGGACUGUGUGUGCUACUGUGGGUAGUACCUGCUGUUAUUUUACCCCACAGACCAUCCAGGUCAAACUCUGCUCUGAUUACUAUGUCUACAAACUUCAGAGACCAUCCUCCUCCUACAUGGCAUAUUGUGCAGAGCAAAUGUUCCGACCAGCAGCACAAAAUGAGACCAGUAUCACUCUGCAGUGGAAUAAAGUCAACAACAACGUUAGCUUUGUUCUCCAGUUUAAUGGUACAGAGACAAACAUCACUGCACCAGACGGAAAUGGAACAGUAACUCACACAGUCUCAUCUCUCACUGCUGGGACUAAAUACACAUUCACUCUCUUCUAUGUGUCUGACAACGUCAGAUACAAUAGAGUACAACUUACAGCUGUUACUGCUCCACAAAAUGCUGCAAACUUCACAUUAUCAGGAAAAUCUCAGACCAGUAUCACUCUGCAGUGGAAUAAAGUGAACAACAACAUCAGCUUUGUUCUCAGUGUUAAUGGCACAGAAACAAAUAUCAAUCCACCAGUUGGACCAGUAACUUACACAGUCUCAUUUCUCACUGCUGGAACUACAUACACAUUCACUCUCUUCUCUGUGUUUGAGAACAUCAGGAGCAGUGGACUACAACUUACUGAGAAACUACCCCCCAGCUGCGUACAGCUAGGUUGUCCUUCUGGCCAGGAUUGCAUCACUUUUAAUGGAAUAGACCAAUGUGUCGACCCCUGUCAGAACUACACCUCACUGAAUGAUGACUGGCGCUCAGUAAAUAACACAUACGUUUCAUAUUACUACUGGGACUAUUAUUAUAUUAACUGGCAAGGCUGGUAUCGGCUGUUUCUCAAUCAAAACAGUGCACAAAUCCCAGAGAGAUGUAUAGAAGCAAACCGAUGUGGAGCUUAUUAUCCGAUGUGGAUAACAGGACCUCAUCCCACACAGUCAGAUGGUAUAGUAAAUCGGACUGUGUGUGCUACUGUGGGUAGUACCUGCUGUUAUUUUACCCCACACACCAUCCAGGUCAAGCUCUGCUCUGGAUACUAUGUCUACAAACUACAGAGACCAUCCUCCUACUACACGGCAUAUUGUGCAGAACAAAUGUUCCGACCAGCAGCACAAAAUGAGACCAGUAUCACUCUGCAGUGGAAUAAAGUCAACAACAACGUUAGCUUUGUUCUCCAGUUUAAUGGUACAGAGACAAACAUCACUGCACCAGACGGAAAUGGAACAGUAACUCACACAGUCUCAUCUCUCACUGCUGGGACUAAAUACACAUUCACUCUCUUCUAUGUGUCUGACAACGUCAGAUACAAUAGAGUAAAACUUACAGCUGUUACUGCUCCUCUAAAUGCUGCAAACUUCACAUUAUCAGGAAAAUCUCAGACCAGUAUCACUCUGCAGUGGAAUAAAGAUAAUAACAACAUCAGCUUUGUUCUCAAUGUUAAUGGCACAGAAACAAAUAUAAAUCCACCAGUUGGACCAGUAACUUACACAGUCUCAUUUCUCACUGCUGGAACUACAUACACAUUUACUCUCUUCUCUGUGUUUGAGAACAUCAGGAGCAGUGGACUACAACUUACUGAGGAACUACCCCCCAGCUGUGUACAGCUAGGUUGUCCUUCUGGCCAGGAUUGCAUCACUUUUAAUGGAAUACAGCAAUGUGUCGACCCCUGUCAGAACUACACCUCACUGAAUGAUGACUGGCGCUCAGUAAAUAACACAUACGUUUCAAAUUACUACUGGGACAGUUAUUAUAUUAACUGGCAAGGCUGGUAUCGGCUGUUUCUCAAUCAAAACAGUGCUCAAAUCCCAGAGAGAUGUAUAGAAGCAAACCGAUGUGGAACUUAUUAUCCGAUGUGGAUAACAGGACCUCAUCCCACACAGUCAGAUGGUGUAGUAAGUCGGACUGUGUGUGCUACUGUGGGUAGUACCUGCUGUUAUUUUACCCCACACACCAUCCAGGUCAAACUCUGCUCUGAUUACUAUGUCUACAAACUUCAGAGACCAUCCUACUACGGCACGGCAUAUUGUGCAGAGAAAAUGUUCCGACCAGCAGCACAAAAUGAGACCAGUAUCACUCUGCAGUGGAAUAAAGUCAACAACAACGUUAGCUUUGUUCUCCAGUUUAAUGGUACAGAGACAAACAUCACUGCACCAGACGGAAAUGGAACAGUAACUCACACAGUCUCAUCUCUCACUGCUGGGACUAAAUACACAUUCACUCUCUUCUAUGUGUCUGACAACGUCAGAUACAGUAGAGUAAAACUUACUGCUGUUACUGCUCCUCUAAAUGCUGCAAACUUCACAUUAUCAGGAAAAUCUCAGACCAGUAUCACUCUGCAGUGGAAUAAAGUGAACAACAACAUCAGCUUUGUUCUCAGUGUUAAUGGCACAGAAAUAAAUAUAAAUCCACCAGUUGGACCAGUAACUUACACAGUCUCAUUUCUCACUGCUGGAACUACAUACACAUUCACUCUCUUCUCUGUGUUUGAGAACAUCAGGAGCAGUGGACUACAACUUACUGAGGAACUACCCCCCACCUGCGUACAGCUAGGUUGUCCUUCUGGCCAGGAUUGCAUCACUUUUAAUGGAAUACAGCAAUGUGUCGACCCCUGUCAGAACUACACCUCACUGAAUGAUGACUGGCGCUCAGUAAAUAACACAUACGUUUCAAAUUACUACUGGGACAGUUAUUAUAUUAACUGGCAAGGCUGGUAUCGGCUGUUUCUCAAUCAAAACAGUGCUCAAAUCCCAGAGAGAUGUAUAGAAGCAAACCGAUGUGGAACUUAUUAUCCGAUGUGGAUAACAGGACCUCAUCCCACACAGUCAGAUUAUGUAGUAAAUCGGACUGUGUGUGCUACUGUGGGUAGUACCUGCUGUUAUUUUACCCCACAGACCAUCCAGGUCAAACUCUGCUCUGAUUACUAUGUCUACAAACUUCAGAGACCAUCCUACUACGGCACGGCAUAUUGUGCAGAGCUAAUGUUCCGACCAGCAGCACAAAAUGAGACCAGUAUCACUCUGCAGUGGAAUAAAGUCAACAACAAUGUUAGCUUUGUUCUCCAGUUUAAUGGUACAGAGACAAACAUCACUGCACCAGACGGAAAUGGAACAGUAACUCACACAGUCUCAUCUCUCACUGCUGGGACUAAAUACACAUUCACUCUCUUCUAUGUGUUUGACAACGUCAGAUACAGUAGAGUAAAACUUACAGCUGUUACUGCUCCUCUAAAUGCUGCAAACUUCACAUCAUCAGGAAAAAAUCCGAACAGUAUCACUCUGCAGUGGAAUAAAGUGAACAACAACAUCAGCUUUGUUCUCAGUGUUAAUGGCACAGAAACAAAUAUAAAUCCACCAGUUGGACCAGUAACUUACACAGUCUCAUUUCUCACUGCUGGGACUACAUACACAUUCACUCUCUUCUCUGUGUUUGAGAACAUCAGAAGCAGUGGACUACAGCUUACUGAGGAACUACCCCCCAGCUGUGUACAGCUAGGUUGUCCUUCUGGUCUGGAUUGCAUCACUUUUAAUGGAAUAGACCAAUGUGUCGACCCCUGUCAGAACUACACCUCACUGAAUGAUGACUGGCGCUCAGUAAAUAACACAUACGUUUCAUAUUACUACUGGGACUAUUAUUAUAUUAACUGGCAAGGCUGGUAUCGGCUGUUUCUCAAUCAAAACAGUGCUCAAAUCCCAGAGAGAUGUAUAGAAGCAAACCGAUGUGGAGCUUAUUAUCCGAUGUGGAUAACAGGACCUCAUCCCACACAGUCAGAUGGUAUAGUAAAUCGGACUGUGUGUGCUACUGUGGGUAGUACCUGCUGUUAUUUUACCCCACAGACCAUCCAGGUCAAACUCUGCUCUGAUUACUAUGUCUACAAACUUAAGAGACCAUCCUCCUACUACACGGCAUAUUGUGCAGAGCAAAUUUUCCGACCAGCAGCACAAAAUGAGACCAGUAUCACUCUGCAGUGGAAUAAAGUCAACAACAACGUUAGCUUUGUUCUCCAGUUUAAUGGUACAGAGACAAACAUCACUGCACCAGACGGAAAUGGAACAGUAACUCACACAGUCUCAUCUCUCACUGCUGGGACUAAAUACACAUUCACUCUCUUCUAUGUGUCUGACAACGUCAGAUACAGUAGAGUACAACUCACUGCUGUUACUGCUCCUCUAAAUGCUGCAAACUUCACAUUAUCAGGAAAAUCUCAGACCAGUAUCACUCUGCAGUGGAAUAAAGUGAACAACAACAUCAGCUUUGUUCUCAGUGUUAAUGGCACAGAAAUAAAUAUAAAUCCACCAGUUGGACCAGUAACUUACACAGUCUCAUUUCUCACUGCUGGAACUACAUACACAUUCACUCUCUUCUCUGUGUUUGAGAACAUCAGGAGCAGUGGACUACAACUUACUGAGGAACUACCCCCCACCUGCGUACAGCUAGGUUGUCCUUCUGGCCAGGAUUGCAUCACUUUUAAUGGAAUACAGCAAUGUGUCGACCCCUGUCAGAACUACACCUCACUGAAUGAUGACUGGCGCUCAGUAAAUAACACAUACGUUUCAAAUUACUACUGGGACAGUUAUUAUAUUAACUGGCAAGGCUGGUAUCGGCUGUUUCUCAAUCAAAACAGUGCUCAAAUCCCAGAGAGAUGUAUAGAAGCAAACCGAUGUGGAACUUAUUAUCCGAUGUGGAUAACAGCACCUCAUCCCACACAGUCAGAUUAUGUAGUAAAUCGGACUGUGUGUGCUACUGUUGGUAGUACCUGCUGUUAUUUUACCCCACAGACCAUCCAGGUCAAACUCUGCUCUGAUUACUAUGUCUACAAACUUCAGAGACCAUCCUACUACGGCACGGCAUAUUGUGCAGAGCAAAUGUUCCGACCAGCAGCACAAAAUGAGACCAGUAUCACUCUGCAGUGGAAUAAAGUCAACAACAACGUUAGCUUUGUUCUCCAGUUUAAUGGUACAGAGACAAACAUCACUGCACCAGACGGAAAUGGAACAGUAACUCACACAGUCUCAUCUCUCACUGCUGGGACUAAAUACACAUUCACUCUCUUCUAUGUGUCUGACAACGUCAGAUACAAUAGAGUACAACUCACCGCUGUUACUGCUCCUCUAAAUGCUGCAAACUUCACAUUAUCAGGAAAAUCUCAGACCAGUAUCACUCUGCAGUGGAAUAAAGUGAACAACAACAUCAGCUUUGUUCUCAGUGUUAAUGGCACAGAAAUAAAUAUAAAUCCACCAGUUGGACCAGUAACUUACACAGUCUCAUUUCUCACUGCUGGAACUACAUACACAUUCACUCUCUUCUCUGUGUUUGAGAACAUCAGGAGCAGUGGACUACAACUUACUGAGGAACUACCCCCCAGCUGUGUACAGCUAGGUUGUCCUUCUGGUCUGGAUUGCAUCACUUUUAAUGGAAUAGACCAAUGUGUCGACCCCUGUCAGAACUACACCUCACUGAAUGAUGACUGGCGCUCAGUAAAUAACACAUACGUUUCAUAUUACUACUGGGACUAUUAUUAUAUUAACUGGCAAGGCUGGUAUCGGCUGUUUCUCAAUCAAAACAGUGCUCAAAUCCCAGAGAGAUGUAUAGAAGCAAACCGAUGUGGAGCUUAUUAUCCGAUGUGGAUAACAGGACCUCAUCCCACACAGUCAGAUGGUAUAGUAAAUCGGACUGUGUGUGCUACUGUGGGUAGUACCUGCUGUUAUUUUACCCCACACACCAUCCAGGUCAAACUCUGCUCUGAUUACUAUGUCUACAAACUUAAGAGACCAUCCUCCUACUACACGGCAUAUUGUGCAGAGCAAAUUUUCCGACCAGCAGCACAAAAUGAGACCAGUAUCACUCUGCAGUGGAAUAAAGUCAACAACAACGUUAGCUUUGUUCUCCAGUUUAAUGGUACAGAGACAAACAUCACUGCACCAGACGGAAAUGGAACAGUAACUCACACAGUCUCAUCUCUCACUGCUGGGACUAAAUACACAUUCACUCUCUUCUAUGUGUCUGACAACGUCAGAUACAGUAGAGUACAACUCACUGCUGUUACUGCUCCUCUAAAUGCUGCAAACUUCACAUUAUCAGGAAAAUCUCAGACCAGUAUCACUCUGCAGUGGAAUAAAGUGAACAACAACAUCAGCUUUGUUCUCAGUGUUAAUGGCACAGAAAUAAAUAUAAAUCCACCAGUUGGACCAGUAACUUACACAGUCUCAUUUCUCACUGCUGGAACUACAUACACAUUCACUCUCUUCUCUGUGUUUGAGAACAUCAGGAGCAGUGGACUACAACUUACUGAGGAACUACCCCCCACCUGCGUACAGCUAGGUUGUCCUUCUGGCCAGGAUUGCAUCACUUUUAAUGGAAUACAGCAAUGUGUCGACCCCUGUCAGAACUACACCUCACUGAAUGAUGACUGGCGCUCAGUAAAUAACACAUACGUUUCAAAUUACUACUGGGACAGUUAUUAUAUUAACUGGCAAGGCUGGUAUCGGCUGUUUCUCAAUCAAAACAGUGCUCAAAUCCCAGAGAGAUGUAUAGAAGCAAACCGAUGUGGAACUUAUUAUCCGAUGUGGAUAACAGCACCUCAUCCCACACAGUCAGAUUAUGUAGUAAAUCGGACUGUGUGUGCUACUGUGGGUAGUACCUGCUGUUAUUUUACCCCACAGACCAUCCAGGUCAAACUCUGCUCUGAUUACUAUGUCUACAAACUUCAGAGACCAUCCUACUACGGCACGGCAUAUUGUGCAGAGCAAAUGUUCCGACCAGCAGCACAAAAUGAGACCAGUAUCACUCUGCAGUGGAAUAAAGUCAACAACAACGUUAGCUUUGUUCUCCAGUUUAAUGGUACAGAGACAAACAUCACUGCACCAGACGGAAAUGGAACAGUAACUCACACAGUCUCAUCUCUCACUGCUGGGACUAAAUACACAUUCACUCUCUUCUAUGUGUCUGACAACGUCAGAUACAGUAGAGUAAAACUUACAGCUGUUACUGCUCCUCUAAAUGCUGCAAACUUCACAUUAUCAGGAAAAUCUCAGACCAGUAUCACUCUGCAGUGGAAUAAAGUGAACAACAACAUCAGCUUUGUUCUCAGUGUUAAUGGCACAGAAAUAAAUAUAAAUCCACCAGUUGGACCAGUAACUUACACAGUCUCAUUUCUCACUGCUGGAACUACAUACACAUUCACUCUCUUCUCUGUGUUUGAGAACAUCAGGAGCAGUGGACUACAACUUACUGAGGAACUACCCCCCACCUGCGUACAGCUAGGUUGUCCUUCUGGCCAGGAUUGCAUCACUUUUAAUGGAAUACAGCAAUGUGUCGACCCCUGUCAGAACUACACCUCACUGAAUGAUGACUGGCGCUCAGUAAAUAACACAUACGUUUCAAAUUACUACUGGGACAGUUAUUAUAUUAACUGGCAAGGCUGGUAUCGGCUGUUUCUCAAUCAAAACAGUGCUCAAAUCCCAGAGAGAUGUAUAGAAGCAAACCGAUGUGGAACUUAUUAUCCGAUGUGGAUAACAGGACCUCAUCCCACACAGUCAGAUUAUGUAGUAAAUCGGACUGUGUGUGCUACUGUGGGUAGUACCUGCUGUUAUUUUACCCCACAGACCAUCCAGGUCAAACUCUGCUCUGAUUACUAUGUCUACAAACUUCAGAGACCAUCCUACUACGGCACGGCAUAUUGUGCAGAGCUAAUGUUCCGACCAGCAGCACAAAAUGAGACCAGUAUCACUCUGCAGUGGAAUAAAGUCAACAACAAUGUUAGCUUUGUUCUCCAGUUUAAUGGUACAGAGACAAACAUCACUGCACCAGACGGAAAUGGAACAGUAACUCACACAGUCUCAUCUCUCACUGCUGGGACUAAAUACACAUUCACUCUCUUCUAUGUGUUUGACAACGUCAGAUACAGUAGAGUAAAACUUACAGCUGUUACUGCUCCUCUAAAUGCUGCAAACUUCACAUUAUCAGGAAAAUCUCAGACCAGUAUCACUCUGCAGUGGAAUAAAGUGAACAACAACAUCAGCUUUGUUCUCAGUGUUAAUGGCACAGAAAUAAAUAUAAAUCCACCAGUUGGACCAGUAACUUACACAGUCUCAUUUCUCACUGCUGGAACUACAUACACAUUCACUCUCUUCUCUGUGUUUGAGAACAUCAGGAGCAGUGGACUACAACUUACUGAGGAACUACCCCCCACCUGCGUACAGCUAGGUUGUCCUUCUGGCCAGGAUUGCAUCACUUUUAAUGGAAUACAGCAAUGUGUCGACCCCUGUCAGAACUACACCUCACUGAAUGAUGACUGGCGCUCAGUAAAUAACACAUACGUUUCAAAUUACUACUGGGACAGUUAUUAUAUUAACUGGCAAGGCUGGUAUCGGCUGUUUCUCAAUCAAAACAGUGCUCAAAUCCCAGAGAGAUGUAUAGAAGCAAACCGAUGUGGAACUUAUUAUCCGAUGUGGAUAACAGCACCUCAUCCCACACAGUCAGAUUAUGUAGUAAAUCGGACUGUGUGUGCUACUGUGGGUAGUACCUGCUGUUAUUUUACCCCACAGACCAUCCAGGUCAAACUCUGCUCUGAUUACUAUGUCUACAAACUUCAGAGACCAUCCUACUACGGCACGGCAUAUUGUGCAGAGCAAAUGUUCCGACCAGCAGCACAAAAUGAGACCAGUAUCACUCUGCAGUGGAAUAAAGUCAACAACAACGUUAGCUUUGUUCUCCAGUUUAAUGGUACAGAGACAAACAUCACUGCACCAGACGGAAAUGGAACAGUAACUCACACAGUCUCAUCUCUCACUGCUGGGACUAAAUACACAUUCACUCUCUUCUAUGUGUCUGACAACGUCAGAUACAAUAGAGUACAACUCACUGCUGUUACUGCUCCUCUAAAUGCUGCAAACUUCACAUUAUCAGGAAAAUCUCAGACCAGUAUCACUCUGCAGUGGAAUAAAGUGAACAACAACAUCAGCUUUGUUCUCAGUGUUAAUGGCACAGAAAUAAAUAUAAGUCCACCAGUUGGACCAGUAACUUACACAGUCUCAUUUCUCACUGCUGGAACUACAUACACAUUCACUCUCUUCUCUGUGUUUGAGAACAUCAGGAGCAGUGGACUACAACUUACUGAGGAACUACCCCCCACCUGCGUACAGCUAGGUUGUCCUUCUGGCCAGGAUUGCAUCACUUUUAAUGGAAUACAGCAAUGUGUCGACCCCUGUCAGAACUACACCUCACUGAAUGAUGACUGGCGCUCAGUAAAUAACACAUACGUUUCAAAUUACUACUGGGACAGUUAUUAUAUUAACUGGCAAGGCUGGUAUCGGCUGUUUCUCAAUCAAAACAGUGCUCAAAUCCCAGAGAGAUGUAUAGAAGCAAACCGAUGUGGAACUUAUUAUCCGAUGUGGAUAACAGGACCUCAUCCCACACAGUCAGAUUAUGUAGUAAGUCGGACUGUGUGUGCUACUGUGGGUAGUACCUGCUGUUAUUUUACCCCACAGACCAUCCAGGUCAAACUCUGCUCUGAUUACUAUGUCUACAAACUUCAGAGACCAUCCUACUACGGCACGGCAUAUUGUGCAGAGCUAAUGUUCCGACCAGCAGCACAAAAUGAGACCAGUAUCACUCUGCAGUGGAAUAAAGUCAACAACAAUGUUAGCUUUGUUCUCCAGUUUAAUGGUACAGAGACAAACAUCACUGCACCAGACGGAAAUGGAACAGUAACUCACACAGUCUCAUCUCUCACUGCUGGGACUAAAUACACAUUCACUCUCUUCUAUGUGUCUGACAACGUCAGAUACAGUAGAGUAAAACUUACAGCUGUUACUGCUCCUCUAAAUGCUGCAAACUUCACAUCAUCAGGAAAAAAUCCGAACAGUAUCACUCUGCAGUGGAAUAAAGUGAACAACAACAUCAGCUUUGUUCUCAGUGUUAAUGGCACAGAAACAAAUAUAAAUCCACCAGUUGGACCAGUAACUUACACAGUCUCAUUUCUCACUGCUGGGACUACAUACACAUUCACUCUCUUCUCUGUGUUUGAGAACAUCAGAAGCAGUGGACUACAGCUUACUGAGGAACUACCCCCCAGCUGUGUACAGCUAGGUUGUCCUUCUGGUCUGGAUUGCAUCACUUUUAAUGGAAUAGACCAAUGUGUCGACCCCUGUCAGAACUACACCUCACUGAAUGAUGACUGGCGCUCAGUAAAUAACACAUACGUUUCAAAUUACUACUGGGACUAUUAUUAUAUUAACUGGCAAGGCUGGUAUCGGCUGUUUCUCAAUCAAAACAGUGCUCAAAUCCCAGAGAGAUGUAUAGAAGCAAACCGAUGUGGAGCUUAUUAUCCGAUGUGGAUAACAGCACCUCAUCCCACACAGUCAGAUGGUAUAGAAAAUCGGACUGUGUGUGCUACUGUGGGUAGUACCUGCUGUUAUUUUCCCCCACAUACCAUCCAGGUCAAACUCUGCUCUGAUUACUAUGUCUACAAACUUAAGAGACCAUCCUCCUACUACACGGCAUAUUGUGCAGAGCAAAUUUUCCGACCAGCAGCACAAAAUGAGACUAGUAUCACUCUGCAGUGGAAUAAAGUCAACAACAACGUUAGCUUUGUUCUCCAGUUUAAUGGUACAGAGACAAACAUCACUGCACCAGACGGAAAUGGAACAGUAACUCACACAGUCUCAUCUCUCACUGCUGGGACUAAAUACACAUUCACUCUCUUCUAUGUGUCUGACAACGUCAGAUACAGUAGAGUACAACUUACAGCUGUUACUGCUCCUCUAAAUGCAUUUGGCUUCAGACCUUCUGGACAAGAUGAGACCAGUAUCACUCUGCAGUGGAGUAAAAUCAACAACAAUGUUAGCUUUGUUCUCCAGUUUAAUGGUUUAGAGAGGAGCAUCACUGCACCAGAUGGAGAUGGACCAGUAACUUACACAGUCUCAUUUCUCACUGCUUGGACUGAAUACACAUUCACUCUCUUCUCUGUGUUUGAGAACAUUAGAAGCAGUGGAGUCAUCAUCACUGCAUCUACUGCUCCUCCAAAUGCUGCAAACUUCCGUUCUUUAGGACAAAAUGAGACCAGUAUCACUCUGCAGUGGAGUAAAGUUAACAACAACGUUAGCUUUGUUCUCCAGUUUAAUGGUAUAGAGACAAACAUCACUGCACCAGAUGGAGAUGGACCAGUAAACUACACAGUCUCAUCUCUCACCGCCAGAACAUGGUACACAUUCACUCUUUUCUCUGUGAUUGAGAACAUCAGGAGCAGUGGAGUCAGCAUCACUGCAGCUACCGGACCCAAUUUGGUUGUUGGAUUACAAGUAAAAUUACAGUCAUUUACUAAACUGUCAGAUUCAGAUCUCCAGGAUAUGCUGGCACAGCUCUUUAAUUACUAUGGGAUACAGCCACAGAUUUCCAUAAAGGUCCUCUCUGUGAAGCCAUGAGAAGAGUGGAGAACAACAUCGUUUCCUAUGCUUCCCUGAAAAGAGCAGAACUUGAUGAUGGGAAUUUUUUUAAUGUCAUAAUUAUACAAAAUCAUUAUUUUAGCUUUAUGUAUCUGUAACAGUGAAAUCAUUAUCAGAUUAAAUAUCAUAUAUAAAUUGGUUAAGACCAUGUUAAGCUUUCUUUAUUGUUAUUGUUUUGUUGUUGUAAUUUGUUUGAAAUAAAUCAUCUGAGAGUGCUAAAAUUAACUCAUCCACUUUUUCCUUGUUGCUAAAGCCUACAUGUAUUAUAUCAAUAUAUAGAAAGAAAUACCAGACAAAACAAAUGCAAUACUUCACCUGAGCCAGACUUUACUCCUCCCACCUUCAAACAACAUGCAAGAUGAGUCUCAGAGGGAGGGGUAACAGCUGAAUGGGAGGACUUUUGCUUCACAACCACAAUCCCAUUAUUUGCCUUUGCUCCCUCCGAGGUCAUCUUUCAUAUUCAGGAAAAGGGUAGGACUUGGACUUAAUGAGAGCCAGGUAUGUUUCAGCAUGUUGAAUUAGUAAAUGUAGUAAUGUAAAUAUGUCUGCCUUUUGUGCUGCAAAGUACCUAAUGUAGAGUGGGCCAAAUAUGUGAAGCCUUUAGCUGCUAUUCUAGAGUGGAGUGUUUUAUAUGGUAUACUCAGUCAUUCAGUUCCAUCUGUAGCAGACAAAACAUGAAUAUUCUACAUUUAUUGUGUUAUUUUAUUCUGUAUAACAUGCUUUCUAUAGAGAAGUGUAUUUUUUCUUUCCUUUUGUUAGGUAAGAAGUUACAUUUAUGUCAUUUCCAUUAUGUGGCCUGUAGAGCACCACUCCCACCUCAGUCAUUAAACAUUAAACAUAUGUAUUCAA